CAAGAUGGCUGCCCUUAUUGUACAACGCUGUAAUACAGCCGCACGUGCCGUAUGCAAGUUGUAUGUGGCCACAACAUCCACCCAUACAGCAUUUCUAGCGCGAACCAUCACAACCACCAACCGGCUACAUAUUCAAAACAACACAACCAACCAUGGCAAGAGCAAACAGCUGUCUUCGUCCGAUAUCAAGAAGAUACCGGAUAGUGAGGUUCGAAAAUCGGUUUUUAUCUCGCAGUCCAACGAUAUCUACUCCAAUCUUGCUCUUGAGGAUUGGAUCUAUCGGAACUUUGACUUUGCCCAUCACCACAUCCUCAUGCUAUGGAUCAACUCGCCCACGGUGGUGAUUGGUCGGCACCAGAAUCCUUUUGCCGAGGCCAAUGUAUCCGCUUUGAUGCGCAAUGGGGUGGAGCUGGCACGGCGGAACAGCGGCGGCGGGGCAGUGUACCACGAUUUGGGCAAUUUGAACUGCACCUUCUUCACACCACGUGCUCGCUACGAUCGGAAGUACAAUUUGAAUCUUAUCACGAGGGCUCUGUACCGGGAGUACGGCAUCAGUGCGGACAUUUCCGACCGGGACGACAUCACAUUGAUGGGCAAAAAGAUUUCCGGUACCGCUGCCAAACUGGGUCAGCCUAAUGCUUAUCACCACUGCACCCUGCUGGUCAACUCGAAUAAACUGCAUCUGGGUGAAUCGCUAGUCAAAGACAACGCCGAAGUAAUCAGCAAGGCCACCGCUUCCGUGCCGUCGCCUAUCAAAAACCUAGCCGACGCGAACCGCACCGUGAACAUCCAGCAACUCUUAUCGGCCAUUGGAUACGAAUUUCUGCGCACGCCGGCCACUCAACUUACGGAUGGCGGACGUGACCUGUUAAUGAAGCAGCUCGGUUUCCAGCUCAUUAACCCCACCGAAAAGUGGUUCCCCGGUAUCGGUGAACUGCGCGCGAACUUUGCCUCGUGGGAUUGGCGCAUCGGCAAGACACCCAAGUUCUCCGUCCAGAAGAGCAUUCAGCUCAAAUCGGAAGGAGACGAGCAGUCCCAACCGCAACAGGAGAUGAAGGUCAAGGUAGAUGUGGAGAAGGGUCUUAUCCAAGAUAUCAGCCUCCUCGUACCGGGACAGGAACCAAUUCCAGUUGUAUCGAAUCUGGUGGGUCAGCCGUACAUGGAGGACAGCUUCAAUGGAAUCCUGGACGCCAUGAAAGGUGCAAACACUGAUAACCUGAAACACGCAAUGGGUUUGUGAAAUAUGGGCAAACCUCGUCCCACCGACGAAUGAAAGCUACGUUUGCCUAUUAUUGUGCAGCCCAGUCGAGUUUGCGUUUUGAACCCCAAGUGUGCGUUAGCAAGUGCAAUGAUUCAUCGAAUUCCGUAUUUCUUCAAACGAAGCAACAAACAACUCAGGAUAAAGGAGCCGGCUGGCCUGGUUGGUCAUUCAGAACGUGCUUACAAUUGUUUAUCGAAAAUGGCCUUCGAGGGGUUAAAGAGUGCGGCCAUUUGAAAUGUAGAUUAGGCUGGUUGCACCGCAAACAUCGAGGGGCGCGGACGUUUAAUUUUCAUUCGUGUUACCAGGCACACGACCGUUCUUCACAUCGGAACCGAUUUCUUGUGUUUAGUUCCAUUUUUAAAACUCGACUUCCUCAGUUUUCGUUCGAUCGUCCGUGACCGGCAAUAAUCAACGUGCUAAUCAUUUUCAUGUUUCUUAAAACUGGAACCAAAUUUAUGCAAAGUUUAUGAGUUCUCUUUUAGGUGCGAAAAUUAAAAGCAAUCGAUAUAAAAGACUGAUGACAAAAUUAUUUUAAAUUUGUUUGACCUGAACGCUCGCGCAAGUAGAGGAAGCAACAUGUUAAGAAAGAGCUAAUUUGAAUAAUCAAAAACAUGUUUAGAUGCUCUGUACAUCACAAACUAUUAAAUUAUGGGCUAACAAAAAAAAA